GCAGUGGAAACCUUGGCUUGGCUGGAAAUAUGUCCACGUCCGAGGUAUCGUGCAGCGAGCACCAUAGUGAGGAUGAAAGAGGCACCAUGUCAGAUUACUGACAUCGGGGUCACGCGAGUCGCACAAUCACCAAUCAAGAGAUCAGCCACGCAAUCUGUACCACGAUUCAUUCAAGAGAUUACCGACGUUUAUGUGAGGGAAGGUGAAGCCGCAGUGUUCGAAUGCUCGUACUCUGGCAAUCCUGUUCCAGAUGUUGUAUGGUACAAGAACGACAAGAUGAUCGUGAAUACCCAGAACUUGAAAAUACGUAUCAUGGAUGAGGAGAAAAAGACAGUGCUUACAAUUAAACACGCGACCGAAGAAGACGACGCUACUUAUGUUUGCAAAGCUACCAGUGAAAUAGGUUUGGCAACGACGAAAGCUAAAUUACGCGUGACAGACGUAACGGGUGAGAGGGGAUUCCUAGAGGAAGAAGAGAUCAUCGAAGAACAGACGAUAGAAGUGAAACCUAAGGAGAAGCCACACAAGAAGAAGAAGCCCGAGUUGAAGAAAGCUAAGGAGACGAAGGAAAAAGUGAAAGGUGAACGUGUGAAGGUAGACAAGAAGGAAGUGCGCGAAGAGAAGCUUGUUUCCAUGGAACAGCCAGAAGAAAAGAAAAUGGUCGACAUUGAGGAGACACAGGUACUCGAAACGACGGAAAUUAUUGAAGAACAACCUACAGAGGUAUCACGAGCGAAGAAAGUAGUGCCGAUUCAGGAGCCAGUAAUGACGGAAGCAGUAGCGUCGUUAAAGAAGAUCGACGAUCAGAAGGCACGCGAGAUGGUACCGACGUCUGAGGAACAUGCUGAACGCGUGGUGGAGGAACGUAAAGGAGUGGUCGUGGUGUCUGAAGUGACCACCGAAGACAUGGCGCGAGAUUUCACGGUGGAAUCGGUGGUGGAUCGUGCUGAGAUCACGUCGGAAACACUGGAGACCGUCUCUGUAACCGAGAUACAUACGGAGGCCAGCGUGCAAGAAUUGAAACGAAUGGACACGAAGCAAAGGAAGGCUAAGAAGACGGUGGUAACCGAACAAGAGCUAUUCGAAGAGAGACCCAGGGAGGUCGUCACCGAAGAGAAGCCGAAGAAGAAGAAGAAGGAUAAAGUAAAAAUAAAGGAGGAAAUCACUAUCGAAGAAAUCGUGGAGAGACAGAGAGAGAACAUCGCGAGAGAAGUGGAGGAGAUCAUGGAGGUGCUCCAUGCCAAAGAAUUCGGCCCUGGAGAAGCUCCUCUUCGAGAGUUAGCCACCAUAGGUUUCUUGGUACGCCAAGGUGUCUCCGUAAACGAGAUCAACGAGAGUUUGUACAGAACAGACAACUUCCCUGCGCUGAAGACACCCGAGGCUCAAAAUGCGCUGGUUCAACUGGUAGAAAGGGAAGGCCAUGGUCCGUUAAUCACGCAAGUCCUGACAGAAGAAACCACCACAGACGAGAGUGUCGUGGCUGCUACCGUUGGCUUCCGUGCCUUCAUGAGGAUGAUCGAGCUACAACACGUCACUGUCGAAGAGGUGCUCACCCACUUCGCUCCGGAGGACUUCCGGCCGCGUGCUUGGGAGGUUACCGAAGCUACGGAAGUUGAAACGGAGGAACGAGUUACGGAACGAGUGGACGUCAUCCAUAAAACCGAGGUCCAUUUCAUGGAGAGGAGGGACGAAAGAAAAGCCGUCCGCACGCAGGAUAUUCGUGACAUUAAAGAAUACGAGGACACACGGCAGGCACACACGACACUGCGCGAACGAAAAGUAACAAAACCGAAGGAACAGAUCGAGGAGAGAAAGGAAGAUAGGGACGAGGGGGUUCAGGUUGUAGAGAUCGAAGAGAUCGUGGAUACGGAAACGGAGAAGAGGAAGAGAAAGGACGUCGAAGAGAUCGAGGAGGAAAUCGAGACCGUUAUCGUUGAAACAGACUCGAAAGGCAAACUGACUCAAAAGCAAAAGAAACGCGAUGAUUUAGAGAAGCAGGUAGUGGAAGAGGAAGAAGAGGUUAUAGAAAAAGUGAGAAAGGAGUUGAAACCUAAACGAUCACAGAUUAGUCGAGAUGAGGUUGAGCUGGAAGAAAUCGAAGAGUUCGAAGUGAAGGAGGAUAAAUCUAUGCCUUCUGUAGUAUUGAACGUCCCUAGCCAACGCCACCAGGUGGUGCCUUUGGAUCGUACCAUCGAGCAAGCACCUGGUAAACCAGAGUUAGAGAAAGCUAAGCUAACAAUGGAUACCAUAAUCCCAUUGACAGAACACCUGGUUCCUGUUCAGGAGAAAGAAAUCGAUGACAUUAGUCAGAUUAAACCAGUUGAACGCAAAGCAUCGUUGUCUAUAUCGUCAGUGGAACCUUAUUCCAUCACAGAGACGACAGUCCAGGCCUCUACCGGCGAAUUUGCUGAUACUUUCAAACCCACAUCCUACGAAGCGACACCGGGUGUAGUUCCAUCCGAAGGUUUGGUAGUCAGUGAAACGCUGACAAACGACGCUAGAGUGUCCAGCUUGACCAUAGCUAAACAGGAAGUCAGUAGAACCGCUGACGUCACCAUGACUCUCCAAGAAGCGACAACUGUGUACGAGACCCUGGUAAGCCAGAAGGAAGCUCCAACGGAGGAUUUCGUGUCGCCAUUAACUGCCAAGGCUGAGGAUACUAUAUUACCUCAACUAGAACUAUCCGUAUACGAAGUUCAGGAAGGAUUUGCAGAGGAUAAAUUAGAACCAUUGAAGACAGUACCUACUAAACCCAGAAUUAACGUCACAGUUGUUGAACCACUCAUCAUCGAAGAAGUUCGAACGGAGGAUAAACCAGGAAAGUAUUACCCUGAGCAGGUAGUACCAACGGAAGUUGCCACAGAGAGUGUGAUUCCGCAACGCCAACGUGUCACUGAAGAAAUGAACGCACCUGAGAAGGAAGGCGAGUAUGUGCCAGGAAGGCUACCUCCAAGUCAGAAAGCACAAGUUGCAGCACCGUACGGAAACGAGACUGCGAUCAUCCAGCAGAACGUUGUUCAGGAAAGCGAAGGGGUAUUCGUAUCUGAAAGAAAAACUGACACAUUCGAGGCUACUCCAAACGUGACUGUACUGGAAGGAGUCUCUGUGUCUACAGUUCAAACCCAAGAUACAGAGGCUGAUCUGACGAUCGAGGAGGCGAAGAAAGUAGUGGCUGAUUUGAACAUUAUCGAGAUCCCUUCAGCUGUGACAGUCGAAACUGUGACAUCUGAGAAGGAGAAGGAAUAUCAACCGGGCGAUAAACCAUCCACAAAGACAGCCGAGACGUCGAUAUCGUCAUUGGAAAUCGGUUCUAUUGCAAGCACCAUCGUUCAAGAGUCUGAGGGUGUCUAUCAUCCGGACCAGAAACCAACGAAAAUGUUAGCAGAAACUUCGAUUAGGCCUGAGGAGCACGUGAUGGUAUCUGAAAUUCAGACCGCUGACUUCCCAUCGGAUUUCAAGGAAGAACUGAAAUACGUUCAAGAAAGUGGAACUCUGGCCGUGCAACUAACAGAAGCUAAGAUGAUUCAGGAGAUCAUGACUCACGACAGCGAGGUGAAAAUGGAAGAAAUCGCGAAGCCAGAAGAACGCGUUGUGGAAACUAGCUACGAUGCUAUUAGAAGCGUUGAGAUAUUCCAGACUACGUCCAUAGAAAAAGAAGCAGAUCUGAAGAUCUUCGAGAUGCCAGAAUCUCAUCGUGGAAAAACUGUACCUACUCAUCCUGUAGUCUCGUUAGAGAUCGAAAUGACUCAGCCGGAAGACAACCUAGGUGAAGUCAAGAAAGAAGUUCCAUCAUCUGGUAUAGCCAAAAUAGAGUCUAUCAGUCUGCAGGAAACAGUGGUAGGCGAAACCGUGGUAGCUGAGGACGUGGCACCUGUCCAGAAAGAUAAAGCUCCCGAAUCCAAGACUGCUGAGGUCACGAUGAACGAGAUCGAGAGUGUGCACACCACUAUGGUGAUUGCCAGUGAAAAGGAAGCUGAAUACACAGAGGUUUCCGAAGUCAAGGGAGCCUAUGCUAGCACAGAGUUUGCCACACAGGUUGCUCCAGUGUUCGAAGAAGUGAGAACUCAUUCGCCAACUGGAGAGUAUGUACCAGAGGAGAGACCAGCUUCCGGUGUGGCUCAACCAGCACACGUUCCAUUGGAGAGCAUCACUGUCGCUUUGCAACAGUUAGCAGAGAAAGAAGACUUGUACAAAACUGAUAUUCAACCAGACCAGAAGACCGCUGUCAUCGAAUUGACUGAGCCUAGACCUGGUCCAACCGUGUUAGAAGUUAUUCCUCACGACCGUGAAAAUGUUUACAGUCCUGACGCUAAACCGCAGGAUUAUACUGCUCAACCAUUGGUGUCUGGUCACACGGUCGCACUGAAAUCGGAAACUCUGGUGGAACAGAGUACCGCAGAUAUGAGCAUCGAUAAACCCAAGUCGGGAAUAGCAAUUCCGCAAAGAGACGCUUUGGAAGAACUCAUCGUAACGGAGACAACUAUCGCGGAGACAGAGAAGACUAGAGAGACGGAUAUUCUACCGACCACUCAGAGUGCAGAAGUUCAGAUCCAAUCGAAGACCGAGAAACUGAUGGUGACAGAAGUGACGAGUGUCCAGGAAGGAGAAAAAUUGGAAGUGGAGGAAAUACCAAAGGAAAGAAAGGUCACUAUGGGAAUUACCGAAGGACACGAGGUGGCUGAAAUGCAAGAGACAAUUCUUGCGAGCAACAUCAACAUCCUGAAGGAAGAGAAGACCAAGGAAGAGCACGCUAGUCAGCAACAGAGCGGAUUAGAGGUGGUAGAACAAACAGAAGUAUCCAUCUCUGAAAAAGAAUCUCCACUGCAGGAAGAUGUAAAACCUGACACCAAGAACAUCGACGUAACCUUCCAAGAAGGUGAAGGUAUAGUGGUAGGUAUCACCCACCCGGAAGACAAGGAGGGAACAUUCACGAGGGAAGAGAAGCCGAAAAGCGUGGAGGCUACAGUAGACAUCAUUGCUCAAGGAGUAGCGUCUAAGUACGAGAUCCUUAGUGACACAGGCUUGAGCGAUUUGCCACGUGAUACGGUUCAAGAAGUGAAACCAAAGACCACGAUACUACCCAUCGAAGCCGCGGUUGCUGAGGAAGUGCAAACCAGAGAGACAGAAGCACCCUUCAGCGAGAUCAAACCAUCUGACAAGAAAGCGACUCUCGAGUUCGUGACUGGUGAAAGUCUGAUUGUCUCGGCAGUGACUACAGAGGACAAGGAGAGUUUGCUGCCGGAAGCUGAGAAACCAGAGACCAAAUCGGCCAGCUUCGACAUUCCAACCCACAUAGUAGCUCAAACCAGCGAGACGACCACGACGGACAAUCUGGGCGAGUUCACGCGAGAAGAAGCACCCACUGCUACAGCUACGACAGACCACAUCACUUUCCGUAGCGUUAUCACCUCUGAGACAGCUCCUGGUGAUCUAGAGAAACCAAUGGAAGACUUUGUGCAACCCGAGAAGAAAGUGGUCGACGUUUCCUUCCAGGAAGAAAUAGGAGUUACGGUGAUCGAGACGAUCGCGUCAGACAAGGAAAAGGAGUACUUCAAGAAGUUAGAGAUUCAAGGUGAACAGGCUACUCCUAGCUUUGAUGCUCAUAAGGUUGCUCAGUUGACGGAGAUCAACCCAGCUGCGAUUUCUGGAGAUCUGACUAUACCUGCUCCAGCCACAGUCGCUGCUAAAGAAGAACAAAUACCAUUCGAGAGCAUCGUCCAAACUGAGACCAUCGUGUCUGAGACUGAGAAAGAAUUCAAAGACAAACCUGUAAUCACUAACAAAGCAGAUGUGUCUAUCAGUGAGAUCAUCAGUGCUACGACUACCACUGAAAUCCCAGCUGACAAGGAAGACAUUCUUCAGAUUCCUGAAAAACCGAGUGAGAAACAGGCUAGUGUUCAGUUUACUGGUCACGUGAUCGCUGAGAAGACCGAGAUAACCGUAGAUUCCAGUGCUGGAAAAUUGGAAGAGUUGAAACCUGUUUCUGCAUCAGCUGCACCCUCAAAUAUCCCUCUGGAAGCUGUCAUCAGCUCAGAGAUACAAGCAACUGAAGCUGAGGGAUUAUUCACCAAAGACAAAGCACCAUUGGAAGCUCUGGCUGACUUGUCUAUGGUGGAAACACAGAGUAUACAAGUAUCAGCCGUAGUACUGGAAGAUAAAGAGGAAGAAUACAAGACUAAAGAAUUACCAGAGAUGAAGACAGCUGGGAAGACCUUGGUUUCUGGUCACGUGGUUGCAGAAACAACCAUGCAAGUUGUAGACUUCAGCACUGGUGAACUUGUCCAAGAAAAACCAUCAAGUGCCAUCGCUGUGCCUGAACAUAUUCCAUUCACACCUUUGAUAGAGUCUCAGACUGUCGUUCAGGAAAGCGAAGACAAAUUCGUUCCUGGUCAACUACCGGAGGAUAAGACCGCCAUUGUGGACCUGGAAGAAGGUAGGAAAAUCGUGACAGUAUCCCAAAUAACUCCAGCUGACAAGGAAUCCCUGUAUAUCACCGAAGAACAGCCGUCGAAACAUGCAGCUUCGAUUGGACUAGACACCACACACGGCAUUGCUGAAACGACCACCAUCUUAGUCGAGGAUUCAGUAGCGGAAGUGAAGAUAGAGAAACCAGACACUAAGAAGGCUUUAACUAGCCAGGAAGUAUACCAGAGCGUAGUGGUCACGCAAGAUAUAGUCCAGGAUCAAGAGAAUAUCUUCGAAGGAAAGUUCAAGCCAGCAAUUCAGAAGGUAGAAGUGUCCAUCGAAGAAGGCAAACGCGUGACUACCGUCACCGAAGUGAGUGCUGCAGACAAGGAAGAGAUAUUAAAGACUAUCCAAGAAGAGAAGACACGAUCGGCAGUACCAGCUAUCGUAUCUGGACACGAAGUUGCUGAAAGGUCGGAGAUCAUUCCACAACAGAGUACAGGAGAAGUAGACAUCGUGAAGCCUGUUACAGCAACGGCACAGGUGGGCCAGAAACCAUUCGAAACGAUCGAAAUGACUGAGCAAGUGCUGGCUGAGAAAGAAGUAGACAAGGUGAAAGAAUUAUCUUUGCAGAAGACUAGUGCUAAAGUAAUUGUAGACGAGAACAGAUUCAUAGCUAUCACCGAAGCUACCACAACUCAGGAUGUUGAGACAGAACUGGAAGCCAUGAAGAAACCUCGCGAGGAAGUAGCGAAACCAGCCAUGGAGGGCAAAGAGGUUGCUGAACAGAUGGAGGUGAGUCUUAAAGAAGGACUGGGAGACCUCCCAGAGGCACCACGACCAACCACCUUCGAGGCUCAUCCCACGCAGACCACGUUAGAGAGCGUCGACAUCAGUGAGACAGUUCCACAAGAGCACAGUGAUCUAUUCGAGGAAAAAAUGAAGCUAGACAAACGCAGUGCGACUGUCAGCUUCGUGGAAGGAAAGAGCGUUACAGUAUCUCACGUUAUCACACAAGACAAGGAAGACGUGAUGACGGUAAAGAAACGCGAAGAAAGCACUGCAGAAGUGACACUGACCAAGGUAGGAAUGGACGUGGCGCAGAAGACACAAGUGUUCGUAGAUCAGAGCACUGGAUCUGUUCAACCGCUCGAAAAACACGAAGUUAAAGCACAUCCUAAACAAGACGCCCUCGAACCUGUCAUCAUCGAAGAGACUCCUAGUGCUGAGAGCGAGGGAAUUUUCGACAAGUAUCCAAAAAUGGUUACCUCUACAGCUAUACCAACGUUCGAGGAAGGUCAUGGAAUAUCUGUGACUGAAGUUACUUCGGCAGAAGUGGAGUCUGUGCUAAAGGAAAAGAAACUGGAGGCUUCUCAGACAGCUAGCAGUACUAUCAUUACGGAACGUAACAUCGUUGAAACGACCAUGGUCGAAUCUCAGGUCGAUAUGCCAGAUAAGGUACAGGAAGUGAGCUUCAAGCCUCAGGUAGCUAUUCCUGGACAGGACACGUUCGAAAGCAUCAUUGUGAACGAAAAUAUAGUCGAAGAAAGCGAACGCACGUUCGAAGGUGUGUUCAAACCUCAGACUCAAAAAGCAGAUAUCGAUAUCCAGAAAGUAACACCACUCGAGGUCUCAGAAACUAUUACAGAAGAUAAGGAGAGUGCAUUCGACGUGGUGCCUAAACGAGAAGGAGCCAGAGCUACUCAAGAUAUUAGUCUACACGAAACUGUCAUUGGAUCCAUGGUGGAAAGCAUUCAGAGUACUCAGGAGAUUCAGGAAGAGAAACGAGUAUCUUCUCAGGCCACGAUGACCCAGACUGUCAUAGAAACAGCCGUAAAGAUGGAGACGACUGUGGCUGAACGCGAAGAUACGUUCGAAGGAAAAGACUUCAAGCCUGAACAGCAAAAAGGCAAGCCUCAAAUGGAGGGUCUUAGCACUGUCAUGAUCACCGAAGUGAUCCCCAGCGAGAUCGAAGACGUACUACCAGCAGCUGUCGCUCCCAAAGAACAACAAGCUCAGCCUAGUCUAACAGGCAGAGAAGUUCCCGAAGUAAUGCAAGUGAUCACCGCUGCAACUACAGAAGAAUUCGAGAAAGUGACCCAGCUGAAAGAACAACAGGGCAAAGUGGAAGUAGAAGAACUGUCUUCCAUAGCAAUCAGCGAAGUAAUUUCUCACGAAACCGAGGACGUCCUUGCUUCCAAGAUCACACCUAAGGAUCAGAAAGCCGACUUCAAUAUCACUGGCCGAGAGGCUGCAGAAACGUCUCAAGUGACUACCAUAGCUGAAGCUGAAGAACUCUCGCUGAAACGACCCGAAGAACAGAAAGGAAAACCCAAAUUAGAAGAAUUGACUCCUCUUACAGUAUCCCACGUGGUGUCUGGAGAAGCAGAGGAAGCACUACCAACUGCUGUCCGGAGAGACGUAGCUGAGACCAUACAAGUGUUGACUAUGGCCAGUGCAGAGGAACUCUUGGCACCCAAAGCACCUGAAGAACAGAAAGGUAAACCACAAGUAGAGGAACUAUCGCCAUUGACUAUCUCGCAAGUAGUCUCUCAAGAAGCAGAAGGAACAUUACCCGUACCAGAAGUGCCAGUUGAAAGAGAGGCUCAACCGAGUCUGACAGGCAGAGAUGUAGCGCAGACAAUGGAAGUGUUAACCAUGGCGAAUGUCGACACGUUGACCGAAGAUAAGAAACCUGGCGAACAGAAAGGAAUUCCUGGUUUGGAAGAGUUUGUCUCUUUAUCCGUAUCGCAAACGAUUUCCACGGAAAUGGAGGACGUGUUACCCAGUCCAGAGGUGCCUACGGAGAAAAUGGCUCAGCCGAGUUUAACUGGUCGCGAUGUGGCCGAGACUACGCAAGUACUGACCAUGAUUUCAGCUGAAGAACUGACAGCUGAUCUUGCACCAGAGCAACAGAAAGGAAAACCAAAUGUAGAGGAACUAACAUCAAUCACGGUCUCUCAAACAGUGUCGCACGAAGCUGAGGAGACUUUGGAGAAGCAGAUAGCUCCGAGUACAGUUACAGCUAAGCCUGCGCUAUCUGGAAGAGAAGUAGCUGAAACUAGUCAGGUUCUAACAGUGACUAACGUUGAAGAACUGGUGAAAGAUGUGCUACCGGAGGAACAGAAAGGAAAACCACGAUUGGACGAGCUGACGUCCAUAACGGUAUCCCAAGUGGUAUCCAGCGAAUUAGAAGACACCUUACCGUCUCCUGAAAAACCGAGCGAAAAGAUUGCUCAGCCACAGAUGAUUGGCAGAGAAGUAGCCGAAAAGACAGAAAUCCUGACAGUGACGAACGUUGAAGAACUUCAGAAACCCGAGAAACCAGAAGGCCAGAAAGGCAGACCAGACGUGGAAGAGUUGAGCUUCAUCACGGUUUCAGAAGUGGUAUCGACGGAAACAGAGAAGGAGCUUCCUACUCCAGAAGCUCCUAAAGAACGUAAAGCUCUGCCACAGUUAGACAGCAUCGAAGUGGCAGAAACAUCCGAGGUAUUAACAGUAACCAGUGCAGAGGAGCUUCCAAAGCCGAAAGCACCGGAGGAACAGAAAGGGAAACCUCAACUGGAGGAACUGCUUCCGCUAUUAGUUUCAGAAGUCGCGUUUGGCGAGACAGAAAAGGGUCUACCGACUCCAGACGAACCUACCGAGCAAACUGCCAAACCUAGUCUGUUAGGUAUCCAGGUUGCACAGAAAUCUCAGGUGAUUCCAUCAGCCACUGCGGGAGAUCUACAAGAAGCAGAAAAACCGGAUACCAAGCAGAUAAUUCCUGAACAAAUUCCAUUUGAAAGUAUCGAACAACUGCAACCGGUGACCCAAGAAAGCGAAGGUACCUUCGCUGCAGAGAAAAUAGUCAAAUCAGCCACGGCUGAGAUGUCGUUCCGGGUGUCUGAGAGCGUCGAAGUGACCCAAGUGACGGCUACUGAACAGGAAUCGAAGGAAGUGAUUAAAGGCAUUGCCAAGGAAGUAUCAGCUCAACCUGACGUGAUCAAACGCGAAGUUGCGUUGAAAACUGAGAUUCAGCCCGAAGAUGUGGUGGCUGAGUUUAAAGUGACGAAACCGGAAAGUAAAAUAGCCAAAGGCGUAGAAGAAAUUCAGCAAGGUGUAAUCGUGACAGAACACCUGAGCGCUGGUGAGCUUGAGUCAGAAAUGCCCGAGUCUGUAAUACCUUUCGCGAAGUUAGCAAGCGUUACUAUCGAAGCAGAACACCUGGAACACGUUGUGGAAACUACAGAAGUACCAGCGCAACAACAUCACAUCACAAUCACACAACACACAACAAAACACGAUACGCCACAGCAACAGUUGAUCGAAUCAGACACAGAGGUAACAGAAGAAUACACGACGAAAUUCAGGCGCGGAAGUACAGAAGAUGAGACUGCGGCGGUUAAAACAAAGAAAACGAUUAUACGUAAGAAAAGGCCUAAGACAAGAGAAGAGGAAGACAAUGUCGUCGUCAUUGAGGAAGAACUUGAAGACAUUAAACCGAAAAUACCAUCGAUACCAAAGAAACAAUUCAUGCCUAUUGAAGAGAUAACAACACCAAUGGAUGUCGAAGAAAUUAUACCAACGAGAAUCGACGAAGCCGAAGAAACAACGCAGAAAGAAGAAGAAAAAGUAGAAGUGGAAGUCAUUCAGGUUCAGGAUAAGGAUGAGAGAAAGAAAGUGACGAAAAAGCGAAUAAUACGUAAACGAGGAAAAACGCAACAGGUAACGGAGGAAACGACAGUCGAAGAAGAAGGAAAAGCACCACAGACAACCGUAACUGAAGGUCCUGUAGAAGAAGUGGUUGAAGAGACAGUGAUACGUUUACCAGCACCAGAGUAUGCUAAACCUUCGGAAGUGGAAGAAGUUCGCGAACAAGUCACGGUUACACAAGAAGUAACAAAAUUAGGUAAACCGACGAAGACUACUAAAAAGAAAAUCAUCAAACGCAAAGGACAGGAACAACAAGUGACAGAAGUUAUCACUGUAGAAGAAGAAGGUAAGAAACCGGUAACGACGGUGACUGAAGGACCAAUAGAGGAACUGGUGGAAGAGACGAUCAAACCACUGCCAGUCCCAGAGAAAAUUAAGCCAACAGAAGUGGAGGAGGUAAGAGAGCAGGUGACAGUUACAGAAGAAGUGACAAAAUUGGGCAAACCUAAGAAAACUAUUAAGAAGAAGAUCAUUAAACGUAAGGGUAAAGAACAACAGGUGACAGAAGUGGUUACCGUUGAAGAACAAGGUAAAGCUCCUGUAACUACUGUAACCGAGGGUCCAGUGGAAGAAGUAGUGGAAGAAAUAAUUAUGCCACUACCAACACCAAAGAAAGUUAAACCAACUGAAGUAGAAGAAGUUCGCGAACAAGUGACAGUAACUGAAGAAGUGACAAAACUAGGUAAGCCUAAGAAAACUAUUAAAAAGAAGAUCAUUAAGCGCAAGGGUAAGGAGCAGCAGGUGACAGAGGAGGUUACCGUUGAAGAACAGGGUAAAGCUCCGGUAACUACUGUGACUGAAGGUCCUGUGGAAGAAGUGGUUGAAGAAAUAAUUAAGCCACUUCCAGCUCCAGAGAAAGUUGAACCAACGGAAGUAGAAGAAGUUCGCGACCAAGUGACAGUAACUGAAGAAGUAACGAAACUAGGUAAACCAAAGAAAACUAUUAAGAAGAAGAUCAUUAAGCGCAAGGGUAAGGAGCAGCAGGUGACAGAGGAGGGUACCGUUGAAGAACAGGGUAAAGCUCCGGUAACUACUGUGACUGAAGGUCCUGUAGAAGAAGUGGUUGAAGAAAUAAUUAAGCCACUUCCAGCUCCAGAGAAAGUUGAACCAACGGAAGUAGAAGAAGUUCGCGACCAAGUGACAGUAACUGAAGAAGUAACGAAACUAGGUAAACCAAAGAAAACUAUUAAGAAGAAGAUCAUUAAGCGCAAGGGUAAGGAGCAGCAGGUGACAGAGGAGGGUACCGUUGAAGAACAGGGUAAAGCUCCGGUAACUACUGUGACUGAAGGUCCUGUAGAAGAAGUGGUUGAAGAAAUAAUUAAGCCACUUCCAGCUCCAGAGAAAGUUGAACCAACGGAAGUAGAAGAAGUUCGCGACCAAGUGACAGUAACUGAAGAAGUAACGAAACUAGGUAAACCAAAGAAAACUAUUAAGAAGAAGAUCAUUAAGCGCAAGGGUAAGGAGCAGCAGGUGACAGAGGAGGGUACCGUUGAAGAACAGGGUAAAGCUCCGGUAACUACUGUGACUGAAGGUCCUGUAGAAGAAGUGGUUGAAGAAAUAAUUAAGCCACUUCCAGCUCCAGAGAAAGUUGAACCAACGGAAGUAGAAGAAGUUCGCGACCAAGUGACAGUAACUGAAGAAGUAACGAAACUAGGUAAACCAAAGAAAACUAUUAAGAAGAAGAUCAUUAAGCGCAAGGGUAAGGAGCAGCAGGUGACAGAGGAGGGUACCGUUGAAGAACAGGGUAAAGCUCCGGUAACUACUGUGACUGAAGGUCCUGUAGAAGAAGUGGUUGAAGAAAUAAUUAAGCCACUUCCAGCUCCAGAGAAAGUUGAACCAACGGAAGUAGAAGAAGUUCGCGACCAAGUGACAGUAACUGAAGAAGUAACGAAACUAGGUAAACCAAAGAAAACUAUUAAGAAGAAGAUCAUUAAGCGCAAGGGUAAGGAGCAGCAGGUGACAGAGGAGGGUACCGUUGAAGAACAGGGUAAAGCUCCGGUAACUACUGUGACUGAAGGUCCUGUAGAAGAAGUGGUUGAAGAAAUAAUUAAGCCACUUCCAGCUCCAGAGAAAGUUGAACCAACGGAAGUAGAAGAAGUUCGCGACCAAGUGACAGUAACUGAAGAAGUAACGAAACUAGGUAAACCAAAGAAAACUAUUAAGAAGAAGAUCAUUAAGCGCAAGGGUAAGGAGCAGCAGGUGACAGAGGAGGGUACCGUUGAAGAACAGGGUAAAGCUCCGGUAACUACUGUGACUGAAGGUCCUGUAGAAGAAGUGGUUGAAGAAAUAAUUAAGCCACUUCCAGCUCCAGAGAAAGUUGAACCAACUGAAGUAGAAGAAGUUCGCGAACAAGUAACAGUAACUGAAGAAGUAACGAAACUAGGUAAACCAAAGAAAACUAUUAAGAAGAAGAUCAUUAAGCGCAAGGGUAAGCAACAGCAAGUAACAGAGGAGGUUACCGUUGAAGAACAGGGUAAAGCUCCGGUAACUACUGUGACUGAAGGUCCUGUGGAAGAAGUGGUUGAAGAAAUAAUUAAACCAUUGCUUGCGUUGGAAGAAGUUAAGCCAACAGAUGUAGAAGAAGUUUGCGAACAAGUGACUGUCACUGAAGAAGUGACGAAAUUGGGUAAACCUAAGAAAACUGUAAAGAAGAAGAUCAUUAAGCGCAAGGGUAAGCAACAGCAAGUAACAGAGGAGGUUACCGUUGAAGAACAGGGUAAAGCUCCGGUAACUACUGUGACUGAAGGUCCUGUGGAAGAAGUGGUUGAAGAAAUAAUUAAACCAUUGCUUGCGUUGGAAGAAGUUAAGCCAACAGAUGUAGAAGAAGUUUGCGAACAAGUGACUGUCACUGAAGAAGUGACGAAAUUGGGUAAACCUAAGAAAACUGUAAAGAAGAAGAUCAUUAAGCGCAAGGGUAAGCAACAGCAAGUAACAGAGGAGGUUACCGUUGAAGAACAGGAUAAAGCUCCGGUAACUACUGUGACUGAAGGUCCUGUAGAAGAAGUGGUUGAAGAAAUAAUUAUGCCAUUACCAGCACCAAAGGAAGUUAAACCAACUGAAGUAGAAGAAGUUCGCGAACAAGUGACUGUCACUGAAGAAGUGACGAAAUUGGGUAAACCUAAGAAAACUAUUAAGAAAAAGAUCAUUAAGCGCAAGGGUAAGCAACAGCAGGUAACAGAAGAGGUUACCGUUGAAGAACAGGGUAAAGCACCUGUAACAACUGUGACUGAAGGUCCUGUAGAAGAAGUGGUUGAAGAAAUAAUUAUGCCAUUACCAGCACCAAAGGAAGUUAAACCAACUGAAGUAGAAGAAGUUCGCGAACAAGUGACAGUAACUGAAGAAGUAACAAAAUUAGGUAAACCAAAGAAAACUAUUAAAAAGAAGAUCAUAAAACGUAAAGGUAAAGAACAACAGGUGACAGAGGUGGUUACCGUAGAAGAACAAGGUAAAGCACCUGUAACUACUGUAACUGAGGGUCCUGUGGAGGAAGUGGUGGAAGAAAUAAUUAAGCCACUUCCUGCUCCAGAGAAAGUUGAACCAACUGAAGUAGAAGAAGUUCGCGAACAAGUAACAGUAACUGAAGAAGUGACGAGACUAGGUAAACCAAAGAAAACUAUUAAGAAGAAGAUCAUUAAGCGCAAGGGUAAGCAACAGCAGGUGACAGAGGAGGUUACCGUUGAAGAACAGGGUAAAGCUCCGGUAACUACUAUAACUGAGGGUCCUGUGGAGGAAGUGGUGGAAGAAAUAAUUAAGCCACUUCCUGCUCCAGAGAAAGUUAAACCAACUGAAGUAGAAGAAGUUCGCGAACAAGUAACAGUAACUGAAGAAGUGACGAGACUAGGUAAACCAAAGAAAACUAUUAAGAAGAAGAUCAUUAAGCGCAAGGGUAAGCAACAGCAGGUGACAGAGGUGGUUACCGUAGAAGAACAAGGUAAAGCACCUGUAACUACUGUAACUGAGGGUCCUGUGGAGGAAGUGGUGGAAGAAAUAAUUAAGCCACUUCCUGCUCCAGAGAAAGUUGAACCAACUGAAGUAGAAGAAGUUCGCGAACAGGUGACAGUAACAGAAGAAACAACGAAGGAGGGCAAACCCAAGAAGGUGAUUAAGAAGAAGGUGAUAAAACGUAAAGGCAAGGAACAACAAGUAACAGAAGAAGUUACGGUAGAAGAAAAGGGUAAAACGCCAGUCACAACGGUAACUGAAGGUCCAGUUGAAGAAAUAGUAGAGGAAAUUAUUAAACCAGAAUUUAUUAAACCAGUAGACGUAGAGGAGGUACAAGAACAAGUAACUGUUACAGAAGAGGUGACCAGAGAAGGUAAGCCUAAGAAAAUUACAAAGAAGAAACUUAUCAAACGCAAAGGAAGAAAGCAGCAAGUUACCGAAGUUGUUACAGUGGAGGAGAAAGGAAUGGCACCCGUAACAACUGUGACAGAAGGACCAGUUGAAGAAGUUGUCGAUGAAACAAUAAAACCUUUACCAGCACUGGAAUAUGUUAAACCAGGUGAGGUUGAGGAAGUUCGUGAGCAAGUUACAGUCACCGAGGAAAUCACUAAACUGGGCAAACCAAAGAAAACAACGAAAAAGAAGAUCAUUAAACGUAAGGGGCCAAAACAACAGAUUACUGAAAUUAUGACUGUGGAAGAAGAAGGAAAAGCACCAGAGACAACUAUUACUGAGGGUCCUAUUGAAGAAAUAGUGGAUGAGAAGACACAGCCACUACCGUUACUGGAACGUAUCAAGCCAACCGAAAUUGAAGAAGUACGCGAACAAGUUACAGUUACAGAAGAAAUAACCAAGGAAGGUAAACCAAAGAAAACAACAAAGAAGAAGAUCAUUAAGCGCAAAGGACAAGAACAGAAGGUAACUGAAAUAGUAACAGUUGAAGAACAAGAUAAGGCACCAGUUAUCACUGUAAAAGAAACCCCAGUGGAGGAAGUAGUUGAGGAAACUGUAAAGCCUUUACCUGCUCCUAAACGUGUCAAACCAUCUGAAGUAGAAGAGGUUCGCGAACAAGUGACUGUUACUGAAGAAGUGACAAGAGAAGGUAAACCAAAGAAAACUAUUAAGAAGAAAGUCAUCAAACGUAAAGGAAGGGAACAGCAAGUCACUGAAGUUGUCACAGUUGAGGAACAAGGCAAGGCUCCAGUUACAACAGUCACUGAAGGUCCAGUGGAAGAAGUAAUAGAAGAGGUACUGAAACCACUGCCUGCACCUGAAUUUGUAAAACCAUCUGAAGUGGAAGAAGUUCGUGAACAAGUGACUGUUACAGAAGAAGUGACAAGAUUAGGUAAACCAAAGAAAACUAUUAAAAAGAAGAUCAUAAAACGUAAGGGUAAAGAACAACAGGUGACAGAGGUGGUUACCGUAGAAGAACAAGGUAAAGCACCUGUAACUACUGUAACUGAAGGACCUGUGGAGGAAGUGGUAGAAGAAAUAAUUAAACCACUACCUGCACCAGAACUUGUCAAACCAUCUGAAGUAGAAGAGGUUCGCGAACAAGUGACUGUUACUGAAGAAGUGACAAGAGAAGGUAAACCAAAGAAAACUAUUAAGAAGAAAGUCAUCAAACGUAAAGGAAGGGAACAGCAAGUCACUGAAGUUGUCACAGUUGAGGAACAAGGCAAGGCUCCAGUUACAACAGUCACUGAAGGUCCAGUGGAAGAAGUAAUAGAAGAAGUAUUGAAACCGCUGCCUGCACCUGAAUUUGUAAAACCAUCUGAAGUGGAAGAAGUUCGUGAACAAGUGACUGUCACAGAGGAAGUUACUAAAGAAGGUAAACCAAAGAAAAUCAUCAAGAAGAAAGUAAUUAAACGUAAGGGCAAAGAACAACAAGUAACUGAAGUUGUUACGGUUGAGGAACAAGGUAAACGACCUGUUACAACUAUAACUGAGGGCCCAGUGGAAGAAAUCGUAGAAGAUAUUAAAAUUCUUCCGAUAAUAGAAUAUGUAAAACCAUCUGAUGUUGAAGAAGUUCGUGAAGAGGUUACCGUUACGCAAGAAGUAACAAAAGAAGGUAAACCAAAGAAGACGACUAAGAAGAAGAUAAUCAAACGUAAAGGCAAAGAACAACAAGUAACUGAACUUGUAACCGUUGAAGAACAAGGAAAGAAGCCUGUCACGACUGUAUCCGAAGGCCCUGUUGAAGAAGUAGUCGAAGAACUUCUGAAACCUAUGCCAAUUCCAGACUAUGCUAAACCUGGUGAAGUAGAAGAAGUACGUGAACAGUUAACUGUAACUGAAGAGGUAUCAAAAGAAGGUAAACCUAAAAAGAUAACCAAGAAGAAAGUCAUCAAACGCAAAGGAAAGGAGCAACAGGUUACCGAGUUAGUCACAGUUGAGGAACAAGGUAAAGCUCCUGUUACAACGGUAACUGAAGGACCUAUUGAAGAAUUAGUCGAAGAAAUAAUAAAACCAUUGCCAGCACCGGAAAGAAUCAAACCAUCUGAAGUAGAAGAAGUCCGUGAACAAGUUACAGUGACUGAAGAGGUGACUAAAGAAGGUAAACCUAAGAAAGUCACUAAAAAGAAAGUCAUUAAACGUAAAGGAAGGGAGCAACAGGUCUCUGAAGUUGUCACGGUUGAAGAACAGGGCAAGGCACCAGUUACUGUCAUUACAGAAGGUCCAACAGAGGAAAUAGUUGAAGAAACGAUAAAAGCCUUACCUGCGCCAGAGCAUGCAAAACCAGAUGAAAUAGAAGAAGUUAGAGAACAAGUUACUGUUACCCAAGAAAUAACUAAAGAAGGUAAACCAAAGAAGGUCACAAAGAAGAAAGUCAUUAAACGAAAAGGACAACAGCAACAGGUAACAGAAGUUGUCACAGUUGAGGAGAGAGGUAAAGCUCCUGUAACAACAAUCACUGAAGGCCCUGUAGAAGAAGUACUUGAGGAUGUACUGAAACCUCUUCCUGCUCCUGAAUUUGUUACACCAUCUGAAGUAGAAGAAGUUCAGGAACAAGUAACGGUCACUGAAGAAAUAACCAAGGAAGGUAAGCCGAAGAAAGUCACUAAAAAGAAAGUGAUUAAACGCAAAGGAAGAGAACAACAAGUAUCUGAAGUAGUAACAGUCGAAGAACAGGGUAAAGCUCCGGUUACUUCUGUUACUGAAGGUCCUAUUGAGGAGAUUGUUGAAGAGAAAGUAAAAGUCUUACCUACACCAGAAUAUGCUAAACCAGACGAAGUGGAAGAGAUCCGUGAACAAGUCACUGUUACACAGGAAGUUACCAAAGAAGGAAAGCCAAAGAAGACCACCAAGAAGAAGGUUGUCAAGCGCAAAGGCAAAGACCAACAAGUAACAGAAGUUGUUACCGUUGAAGAACAAGGAAAGGCACCUGUCACAACUGUUACUGAAGGUCCUGUUGAAGAAGUGGUGGAAGAAGUAAUAAAGCCAAUGCUUGCUCCAGAACGUGUGAAACCAUCAGAAGUAGAAGAAGUUCGUGAACAGGUUACUGUUACUGAAGAAUUGACUAAAGAAGGCAAACCCAAGAAAGUCACUAAGAAGAAGGUUACCAAACGUAAAGGAAAAGAACAACACGUAACUGAAAUAGUUACAGUUGAAGAACAAGGCAAAAUUCCAGUCACAACUGUCACUGAAGGUCCUACGGAAGAAAUAAUCGAAGAAACACUGAAAGCUCUACCGGCUCCAGAGUAUGCUAAACCAUCUGAAGUGGAAGAAGUUCGUGAACAGGUCACAGUGACUCAAGAGGUUACCAAAGAAGGCAAACCAAAGAAAAUAACCAAAAAGAAAGUUGUCAAACGUAAAGGAAAGGAACAACAAGUCACUGAGGUGACUACAAUUGAAGAACAAGGAAAAGCUCCCGUAACAACUGUAACUGAAGGACCUGUCGAGGAAGUGGUUGAAGAAAUAAUUAAACCACUACCUGCUCCAGAGAAAGUUAAACCAUCCGAAGUAGAAGAAGUUCGUGAACAGGUGACUGUCACUGAAGAAAUAACCAGAGAAGGCAAGCCGAAGAAAGUCACCAAGAAAAAGGUUACCAGACGCAAGGGCAAAGAACAGCAGGUCACGGAAGUUGUAACAGUCGAAGAACAAGGUAAACGACCUGUUACAACUGUGACUGAAGGUCCUACGGAAGAAAUAGUUGACGAAGUACUGAAAGCGUUGCCUGCUCCGGAACACGCGAAACCAGACGAGGUAGAAGAGGUUCGUGAACAAGUUACCGUUACCCAAGAAGUGACCAAGGAAGGCAAGCCCAAAAAAGUUACAAAGAAGAAAGUCAUCAAACGGAAGGGCAAAGAACAACAAGUGACAGAGGUCGUAACUGUCGAAGAACAGGGAAAAGCACCUGUCACGAGCAUCACCGAGGGUCCUACGGAAGAAAUAGUUGAGGAAACACUGAAAGCACUACCUGCUCCGGAACGUGUUGAACCCACAGAGGUAGAAGAAACACCUGAAGAAGUAACAGUCACCGAAAUCGUUACAGAGAAAGGUAAGCCGAAGAAGGUUGUCAAAAAGAAAGUUCCUAAGAAAGUUCCUGUCCCUGGCGAGGAAAAGGUUGAAGCACCUGAAGCUCCAGAAGUCCCACGAGAUGAAGCUAAAAAACCUGUCAAACUGCAGCGUCUCAAAGUUACCAAAGUCGAAGCGACAAAACUGGAAGUACAAGAAAUAUCUGUGGACAAACCACAAUUUGCUCAAAUUAAAUUGCGCAAGACUCCAACGGCGAAACGUCCGGUAGAAAAGAAGGAGAAAAUUCCACGUGUUCUUCUUCGAAGUCGAAUCAAAGCCAUAGAGUGGCCUCCAUCGAUCAAAUACCCUAAAGUCGAGGAGCUCGAACCAAAUGAAGUCCAGAAUGGCAUUCUGUCUCGCAAUGUCGAGGAAGCCGCCACUCUACCGAAACCUAAGAAGAAGAAGAUAAAGCGUUUGGAGAAAGAGAUCGCCAAGCUGGAGAAACUAGAUCAAGAGUUCGAGGAACUGAAGAAGGAACUACCACUGGAGAAACUCGAGGAGCCAAUGCCAGAGGAGAAACCAGUGAAGAAACCGAAAAAGAAGAAACCUGUUGAGAAAGUUAAAGGUGCGAAGCCUGAAUUGAUGAGGAUCAGCAUUAAAGAACAGAAGCCAAUCAAACCCAAAAUCGAAGAACCAGCUACUCCUCUGUUCGCACAGAUUAAACUGAAAAAAGCUCCAACCAAACCCAAGAAGAAGGACGACAAGGAAGAAACCAAGUUCCCCAAAAUCCUGUUGCGCAGUCGCAUUACGGAACACGAAUGGCCACCUUCCAUAAAGUACCCAAUCAUAACCGAACUCGAACCUAAUUACGUACAGAAUGGAAUUCUGUCGCGUACAAUGGAAGAAGCGCUGAAAUUGAAGAAAGUGAAGCAUAAGAAAGUAAAACUGCCAGAGAAGGAAAUAACAGAGCUAGAGAAAUUGGAUCAAGAGUUCGAAGAACUGAAGAAAGUUCCGUUAGAAAAGGUUGAAGAGAUAACACCAUACGAACGUAAACCUAAGCCCGAAGAGCCUGAAGAAGAAAAACCAAAGAAACUGAAAAUAGGCAAAGGAAAGCGUCGGCCUGAAGAGGUAGAGGAACAGGAGAUUGUGAAAUUGAAAAAGAUACCAGAGAAGGUUCCAGAUGUUUCGGAAGAACUAGCUCCUAUUCCAAAGAAGAAAGGAGAAGAAGACAAACCGAAGAAAGAGAAAGAAGAGAGAGAGUAUCCUGAACUGAAACCAUUCGAACCGUACGAUGUCGAACCCAUUGAACUUGAGCUAGAAGAAAGAGAAAAGCCAGAGUAUCCUGAGCCAGAGAAGAAGAUACCCAAGAAGGUACCAAGUAAGAAGCCAAAGAAAGAACGCAAGGCUCCGGAUCAAGAAAUAGAGGCUGUUCCAAUAGUACCAGGUGUUCCUAAACCGGAAGAGCCGGAAGAAGAGGAUAAAAUUAAGAGGAGAAUUCCUGAAAGGGAAGCUCCAACGGAAGAGCCAGAAAAGAUCAAGCUGAAACCUUGGAAGAAACCUAAGGAAGAGAAAGAAGAAGAAAAGAAACCGGAAGAUUACCUGAAGUUUGUUCCCAAAGACGAUGACAUUGUCGAGACUGUCGAGGUCGUUACGACCGUGAUCACGGAAGAAACACCAGAAAAGAAACAGAGAAAGAUCAAAAAGAAGAAGACCACGACAAAGCGUGGCGAUGAGAAACCAAAGGUUUUGGAAGAGACAACCGUGGAGGAAGAAGGCGUAGAGCCUGUAGUAACCGUGGAAGAAUUCGUAGUGGAUAAACUCGAAGCCGUGCCAGUCGAGUCGAUCGUACAACCCGCGCCUGUAGAAGAGAUCAAAGAAGAGAUCGUAACGAGCGAGAUCGUGAGUGAAGAAGGAACAAAGAAAACGGUACGCAAAAAGCGUAUCACCAGGAAACGCGAAGGUAAAGAACAGGUCACCGAAGAGGUGACUGUGGAAGAAGAAGGUAAAGAACCAUUAACAGCAACAACAGAAAUCCACGAAGACACUACACCAGAAAUACACGAAAAACCAAAACACAAAAGACCGACAAAACCAAAAGCUGACGAGAAAGUGACAGAAGAUGUCACGGAGGAAGUGGUUGAUGAGAAAAUUAUCGAGGAAAUCGAGGAAGUUGAGGAAGUUGUGCCUACCAAGAAGAUUAUCAAGAAGAAGAAACCACGUACAACUAAGGAUGAAGUGACGGAGGAAGUCGUGGAAGAAAUAAUAAUAGAGCAACCCGAAGAACAGGAAGCGCGACCGAUCGUGGAGGAAGUAGAGACCGUGACGGUCACGGAGCUCGAUGUACGGAAAGCACCGAAGAAGAAGAAAGAGGUGGUCAUCAAGGAGGAGGAAGAAAUCUUCGAAACGAUCGAAACACCUACCCACAAGAUUAUCAGGAAGAAGAGGCGUCCUAUGAAGAAGGGCGAAGAAGAAAUCGUUGUGGAAGAAAUAAUUCAGAAACCAUAUGAAGAAACUAUCGAAAUGGAGGAACAACGAAUAGUGGAAGUAAUAGAGACACCAACGAAGAAAGUUGUGAAGAAGAAGAAGGCGGUAGUGAGAGAUGACGGUGUUCCUGAAGAAAUCGUUGAAGAGAUCGUUGUUGAAAAGCCACGCAAGGAAAAGGCAAAGCCGAGCGUUGUGGAAGAGAAAGAAAAGGUGAAAGUGACAAAAGUUGACCUGAAAAAAGCACCAAAGAAACCGGAAGAAGAAAUAGAAGAAGAAGAGAUCGUUGAAAUCAUCGAAACUCCAACGAAGAAGAUUAUUCGAAAGAAACCGAAAGACAAGAAGGAGAAAGUGGUGGAAGAAGUCAUACAGAAGACAAUUGAGGAAGCAAAGGCUAUGGAAGAACGUGAAAUUGUAGAAAUCAUUGAAACACCGACGAAGAAAAUUAUUAAGAAAAAGAAAGCGACUAUUAAGGAAGGCGAAGCGCCUGUAGAGGAAGUUGAAGAAAUCGUAAUUGAGAAACCUGUUAAAGAAAAAGCCAAGAAGAAGAUUUUGCCAAAGGAAGGAGUGGAAAUCACAGAAAUUAUUACUGAAACAUCUGUCGAAGAGUUGCCUGAAGAAAAGGCUAAACCGGAAGAAGCCAAACCCUUGGAAGAAGAGGAAGAAGAGAAAGCAAAGAUCACACAGGUGGAAGUGAAGAAAGUACCGAAAAAGAAGAAGAAACCUGUUACUGCCAUUGAAGCUGAAGAAAAGGAAGAAGUUGUGGAAGAAAUAAAGCCUGAGGUACCAAAAGAGGAGAAGGUGAAACCGACUGUCACCGAAAAAGAGGGCGUUGAAGUGACCGAAGUGAUUUCCGAAGUAACAACGGAGAAGCUUCCUGAAGAAGUGAAACCUAAAAAGAAGAAGGCUACUGAGAUUAAAGAGACGGAGGAAAAGGUAACAACAAAGAAAGUAAAAGUAAAGGAAGCUCCAAAAGAAGCUGUGCCUAAGACGGAAGAACAGGUAGUAGAAGAAGUUGAGGAACUCGUUACUGAGAAGCCGAAGAAAACUAAAGCCAAGAAAGAAGUAACACCACAAGAUAGUAUAGUGACAACUGAAGUCAUUCCUACGACUGCAGAAGAAGAAUUACAAGUGGAAAAACCGGCAGAAGAUAAAGCUGUUGUAGUGGAAGAAAAGGAAGAAAAAGCUAAAGUGGAAGAAAAGAAAGUCAGCGUGAAGAAGGCUCCCAAAAAGAAAUUAACACCAAAGGAAGCUGAAGAGGAACAAGUGGAAGAAGUUGUGGAAGAGAUAACACCGGAAGAGCCAAAGAAGAGGAAAGCUAAGAAGACUGUUCUUCCUAAGGACGAAAUACAAACAACCGAAGUAGUGGCUGAAGUAACAACGGAAGAGAUAACAGAGAAAAAGCCAAAGGAAGAGAAAGCUGUUCCCAAAGAGGAAGAAAAGGUGGAAGAAGAGGCAAAGGUUACCGAGGUUUCUGUAAAGAAGGUACCUAAGAAAAAGAAGGAGGAAAUUGUGACGAACGGUGAGAUAAUCGAAGAAAAACCAAAGGUGAAAGAAAUUCCGGAGGAGAAACCGGAAGUGAAAGAAAAACCAAAGGAAGAGAAACCAGAAGUAAUAGAGAAACCAGGGGAAGAAAAACCAAAAGAAGUAAAGCCAAAAGCAGAAAAACCGACAAAGAAGAAAGUACCAGCAGAAAAGAAGCCCACAGUUGCUGAAGAAGAAGAACGCGAAGAAAAGGUAGAAGAAAUAGUGGAGGAGAAGCCAAAGAAAGUCAAGGCUAAGAAAGAAGUUAUUCUAAAGGAUACUGUAGUAACAACAGAAGUUAUUCCAGAAGCCGUUGCCGAAGAACUACCGACAAAAGAACCUGAGGAACAAAAAGCAGUCCCAAUUGAAGAAAAACCGGAAGAAAUUAUAAUCAAAGAAGUUCCAGUAGAAAAGGCUCCAGAGAAAAAAGAGGAAAAGAUUCCGGAAGAAAAACCAACAGAAAAAGUUCCUAAGGAAUCGAAGGAGACGAAAGUAGUAAAAAAGAAGAAGAAAGUGGUGAAGAAAGAUGAAAUCGAGGAAUGGGUCGAACCAGAGUAUGAACGACCUGUACUGGAACCUAUGCCUGAAAAGAUACAAUGGGAACCAAAGAAGAAAAAGGAGAAAAAACCUUUGCCGGAAUCAUUACAGAAAUUGGUUCCUCAGAAGAUCGAAAGAAAAGAAUUUAAACCCACGAAACUUCAGUACAUGGAACCAGCAGAAGCCAUCCAGUUCGCUGCGAUCAAAUUGAAAAAGGUACGGCUUCCAAAGAAGAAGGAAAUCGAGGAAACCAAAUUCCCGAAAGUCCUAUUGCGAAGCACAAUCAAAUUUGUCGGGGAUUAUCCGCCUGACAUACAGUAUCCUACGAUAACCGAAUUAGAGGAAAAUCCGGUUCAAACGGGUAUUUUGUCUAGAAACACUGAAGAAGCUCUAGAAGUUUUAAAGAGGAAAGUGAAGAAGGUUAAACUUCCCAAGAAAGAAGUCACGAAAUUAGAGAAAUUGGAUCAAGAAUUCGAAGAGUUGAAGAAAGUACCUUUAGAAAAGGUGGAGGAUAAAUCGGUGUACGAACGUGCGCCAAAGAAACCCACCGAGAAGCCGGAAGAGCCUCAAAAGUUGCCGAUUGGUAAAGGUAAGGUUCCGGAAGAAGAAAAAGUGGAACCUGAAAAGGUCAAAUUGAAAAAGAUUCCUGAGAAGAAACCGGAAGAAGUUGAAGAACCGCUGAAGAAACCAGCGAAAACGGAACCUGAGGAGGAAGCUAAGCCGGAAAAGAAAAAGAAACCAAAGAUGAAACUGGAACACGAGGAACUGAAACCGUUGGACUUCGAGAGACCAGAGCUCGAGAAGUACGAACCUGAAGAACGUGAAGAACCAGAAAAACCAGCACCAGAACCAGUUCCAAAACCAUACGAAAGAGAAGAGAAGAAGAAACCAGAUCAGGAAAUAGAACAGAUUCCGUUGAUCAAAGGAGAACCCAAACCACCAGAACCAGAAGAACAACCGGAAGUUAAGUUCAGAAUACCCCAAAAGGAGAAACCACCAGAGGAGCCGGAGACGAUAACACUGAAAGGCUGGAAGAAAGAUAAACCUGAGGACGAAGGUGUGAAAGAGUUCCCAGUAAAGGAAGAAGAAGAAGCUCCUAAAGCACCCAAAGAAGAAACAGAAGAGGUCACCUUGAAACGUAAAGUAAAACCAAAGAAACCAAAAGAAAAGGCUCCUAAAGAAGAAGAGGUGACUCUGAAAAAGCCUGAAGAAAAGAAACCCGAAGAGGUACCAGAAGUGAUUGAAGAAAUUACUCUGAAAAAGAAACCGGAGAAGCCAGCCGAAGAAGCUCCAGCCGAGAUUACAAUCAAAAAGCCAGUUGUAGAAGAAAAAGAAGAAGUUCCCGAACAAGUAACUCUGAAGAAGAGAAAACCGAAGGAAAAACCUGUCCCAGAAGAAGUAAAGGAAGAAGUGACAUUGAAGAAAGUGCCAAAAGAAAAGUCGCCUGAAGAAGUAACUGAACAAAUAGAGAUCAAGAAACCAAAGGAAAAGAAACCUGUAAAGGAGGAGGCCGCAGAUGAAGUUACAAUUAAGAAACCGGUGCCUGUUGAAAAAGAGGAAGAAGAGAUUAUAGAAAAAGUAACUCUGAAGAAGAAGAAACCGAAAGAAAAGCCGCUUCCAGAGGAAGUGAAAGAGGAAGUUACAUUGAAACCUGUUCCAAAAGAAAAAGAAAAGGCACCAGAGGAAGUAACCGAGAAAGUGGAAAUAAAGAAACCAAAGAAGAAGAAGCCAGUAGAAGAGGAAGCUGCCGAUGAGGUUACCAUCAAGAAACCUGUUCCUGUAGAAAAGGAGGAAGAAGAAAUUAUAGAAGAAGUAACUUUGAAGAAGAAGAAGCCAAAAGAAAAACCGGUUCCGGAAGAAGUGAAAGAGGAAGUUACGUUGAAACCUGUUCCAAAAGAAGAAGAAAAGGCGCCAGAGGAAGUAACCGAGAAAGUGGAGAUAAAGAAACCAAAGAAGAAGAAGCCAGUAGAAGAGGAAGCUGCCGAUGAGGUUACCAUCAAGAAACCUGUUCCUGUAGAGAAGGAGGAGGAAGAAGUUGUAGAAGAAGUAACUUUAAAGAAGAAGAAACCGAAAGAGAAACCAGUUCCAGAAGAAGUGACUGAAGAGGUUACGUUGAAGAAGCCUGUAGGAAAAGAAGAAGAGAAGGCACCGGAGGAAGUAAGCGAGAAAAUAGAGUUGAAGAAACCAAAAAAGAAGAAACCAGUAUUGGAGGAAGCUGCAGACGAAGUAACCAUCAAGAAGGUUGUCGUGGAGGAAAAAGAGGAAGAGGAGGCUCCUACGGAAGUCACUCUGAAACCAAAACCGAAAAAGAAACCAAUCGUAGAAGAAGAACAGGAAGCUGAAGUGACUCUUGCAAAACCGAAACCAGCAGAAGAAGAAAAGAAACCGGAGGAGGUCGAGAUAUCAUUAAAGAAGAAGCCAAAGAAGAAACCAACUGUCGAGGAAGAAGCUGCGGAAGUAACUAUCACGAAACUGGUUCCCACAGAAGUGGAGGAAGAACCUGAAGAAGUUACCAUCAAGAAAAAGAAGAAACCAGAAAAGAAACCAACAGUGACGGAAGAAGUCGAAGAAGCCGUGACCAUAAAGAAAGCUCGUGCUCCUGAGAAGCCUAAAGAAGAAGAAGAAGUCUCAACCGACGUGCAACUGAAGAAGAAGAAACCACCACGCAAAGUGGAGGAAGUUGCAGCCGAAGAACUGACAAUCCGGAAAAUCGAAGAAGUAGAACAACCCGAAGAAGAAGAGGUCCAGGAAUUCACGGUCAAACGGAAGCCUCCUAAACUACCUCCAAAGCCUAUCGAAGAGAUCUACGAAGAUGUUACUCUCCGAAAACUACGUCCAAAGAAGAAACCAAGAACGGACAUCAAGGAGGUGACGGAAGUAGAAAAUGUAACUUUCAGACCACGCUCCACGAAAACGAAAGAGGAUGUGGAACAGGAAUUCAAGAUCUCGUUGAACACCUACGAGGAAGAAGACAUAUCAAUGUCCGGUAAAGUUCGACUGAAACCCAAGAAACGACCGAUGACGUAUUCCGAAGAAACGGGAGAAGAAACCAUCAGGAUCAUGCAGGAGGUCGAAGAUGAUUCCGGUCCGAUCAUAGAAGAGAUCAUAGAAUCGGACGAAGAAGGUAGAGACGAGUACAGUAUCGAAGAAUUGGAAACGGAUGAGAUGAGGCUACCACUGAGAAGAAGGAGAAAGAAGGUACCCAAGCCAUACCAGGUGGAAGACAUCGAGGAGGGUGACGUGAAAUUGAAACUGAAACGCGACAGGAAGUACUCCAUCGAGGAAGCUGACGAGACGCUAGCGUUGAAGCUGAAAAGCAAGAGACGAGUUUCUACCUUCGAAGAAGAAGAGGCCUCGCUUAGUAUCACCAGGGAAGAAGACAUUUCAGAGGAAGAAGAUAUCGAGUAUGUUGUUCGCGACGGCGACACAAUGUUCUCGAUUUGCUCGUACGUGGCAGAAACUGACGAAGCUAUUAACCUGGUCGAAGGAGAAAGAGUUUACGUCAUCGACCACACUAACCAGGACUGGUGGUUCGUAAAGAAACACUUAACCGAAGAGAAGGGUUGGGUUCCAGCGCAAUACCUCCUCAACGAGGUCCACUACACUCAUUAUCUGCAGCGCAAAUUGCACGAGAAGAUUGAUAAAUUACCAGUAUUUGAAAAACCCAUACCAGGUGAGAAGACAUCAGCGCCCAGAUUCAUCGAGAAAUUGCAGCCAAUUCAUACUCCGGAUGGCUACACGAUUCAAUUCGAAUGUCAAGUGGAAGGUUUACCAAGGCCUCAGAUAACAUGGUUCCGACAAACAGCCAUCAUCAAGCCGUCUCCCGACUUCCAGAUGUACUAUGACGAUGAUAAUGUAGCAACUCUGAUCAUCAGGGAAGUCUUCCCUGAGGAUGCUGGCACCUUCACCUGUGUAGCUAAGAACGCUGCUGGUUUCGCUUCCAGUACCACGGAAUUGAUCGUGGAAGCUCCUCUUUCUGAUCAUGGAUCGGAUCUGACUGGUCCAUCCAGAAAGAGUCUCUCACGAGAAUCAUCCCUCGCUGACAUCUUGGAGGGCAUACCACCGACGUUCUCUCGAAAACCAAAGGCGAAGUACGUGAACGAGGGUGAUGACGUGAUAUUGGAAUGUCGAUUGGUGGCAGUACCAGAACCUGAAAUAACGUGGUAUUACAAGAAUACGCAGAUCACAUCCAAAGAGAACAUCGCAGUUGCCACUGAAAGCGAUAUGCACAUGUACUGCAGCGUAAUUAAGAUUACCAAAGUGCAGAAGAAACAGGAAGGAAAGUACACCAUCGUUGCUAGGAACAGGGAAGGUGAAGCUACCAUAGAGAUUCCUAUGAAGGUGAAGACUGGGAAGCACGAACCGCCAGAGAUUCUAGAACCAUUGCAGUCAUACGUGGUACGAGAGGGAGAAACCGUGGUAUUGUCAACUCAAAUCGUUGGCAAUCCGGCUCCGAAAGUGACUUGGAACAAGAACGGCAAACCACUGAAGGGCUUGACACCGAAACAAGAUGGCCACGUGAAUACCCUCACACUGAUUCAACCUCAAGUAUCCGACUCAGGAGAAUAUUCUGUAGUGGCUAGUAACGAUCUAGGCACUGCUGAAACAAAGGCUACAUUGACAGUUGAAAUAAACUUGAAGCCUUCGCUGACCAUUAGCUUCCAGCAGCACGCAUUCGAACACUACGCUGUAAUAGAUGAAAUACCAAGUGGAGCUCCAGAACCGCCACUCUUCACGGAACGGUUCCAAGAACUUACUGUUCCACAAAAAGGUACAUUCAAGUUGGUGGCAAAGGUUACUGGAAACCCCGUACCAGAAGUCACGUGGUUAAGGAACAACAAGCCCUUGGAAAAAUCACCGAAUAUCACAGAAACCUACGACGGCGAGAACAUCGUGCUAGAGAUCAGAAACGCAGAUUCAGAGGUAGAUGCUGGUGAUUACAAGUGCAUAGCCAGCAAUCCAGUUGGAAAAGCGUCCCAUGGUGCCAAAGUUACCGUAGACGUCGAGAAAGUAACAUUCACGAAGAAUCUGGAGGAAGAAGUUGUCAUCGACGAGUACAAAACUCUAGAAUUAACUUGCGAAACGUCUCACACUGUUUCCACAAAAUGGUGGCACAAUCACAAAGAAGUCAGUGGAAUGGAUCAUCGUGAGAUCAUUCAGGAAGGACGGGUUCACAAACUGGUGAUCAAGAGAGUAAGUCCCACGGACGAGGGAACUUACGAAUGUACUGUGAAGAAUCAAUCUACGUCCAGUAAAGUGACUGUGAAAGCCACCAAGCCAGAAUUCGUGAAGAAAUUACAAGACUGCGAGGUGAAGGAGCGUGACGUCGCUAUCUUGGAAGUCGAGAUCACGUCGCAGACGGCGGAUGUUAAAUGGUUCAAAGAUGGCGAACCUUUGGGACCAAGUAAAGAGAAACUAGAAUUCGUAAAAGACGGCACUGUUAGGAAAUUAUUCAUUAGAAGCACAUCCGUCCAUGAUGAAGGAGAGUACACCUGUAGCCUCUUGGAUCAAAAAUGCACAGCAGAAGUCACUGUUAUCGAACUACCACCGGAAAUCAUUACAAAGAUGCAAGAUGUAACAAUAGCAAGAGGCGAGAGAGCAACAUUCGAGAUAGAACUCACAAAGGGAGACGCGUUGGUACGAUGGUUCAAAGAUGGACAGGAGUUACAAUUUUCUGAGCAUGUUCGAUUAUCGAUUGAUGGCAAGAGACAGAAAUUGAAGAUCUACGAUACGGAAGCAGAAGACGCCGGCGUUUACUCUUGCGAAGUUGGUCAGCAGAAAUCAUCGGCUAAAUUGACUGUUGAAGAACCUGGCGUGGACUUCGUCACCAAAUUACCGGAUGUGACUCUUGUACCAUUGAACGCUGAUGCCGUUUUCACCAUUGAAAUAUCACGCGAUGUUCCAGUUACAUGGAUGAGAAAAACGGAAGUUAUUAAAGAAUCAGAGAAAUAUUCCAUCAUCGACGAGGGUACUGUGAAGAAACUAAUCGUGAGAAAAUGUACCACCAAGGAUAUUGCGGAAUACACGGCUGCAGUGACAAAUGUGAAAACGUCAUCGAAAUUAAGAGUCGAAGUCAUUGAGAUACCUCCAAAAAUUAAUCCGGACACGCCUAAGAAGUACAAGGUAAGAAAGGGCGAAGACGUCGAAGUAAUCGUGAAAUUCAACGCAACACCGAAACCGAAUGACGAAUGGACUGUGAAUGGCCGUGUAGUAACAAAAUCGAAACGAAUUAUGCCGUCGAUUGACGAAGAAUCCGCAGUCUUAACAAUCAGGAAGAUCCAAGAAGAAGAUGUUGGUGAUUACACUCUGAAACUGGUGAACAACGUCGGAGAGGCUAGCAUAGGCAUUAACAUCGUUAUCGUCCAGGUACCAAGUGCACCUGGAGCACCAGAACCAUUGGAAGUAACUGAUAAUAGUGUAACUCUUCACUGGAAAAAACCUGAUUCAGAUGGAAACUCGCCCAUUGUCGAGUACAUUCUGGAAUACCAAGAAAAGACCGAAACUACAUGGACCAAGAUUACAGAGACGAUAACAGAAACGACUCAUACAGUAACAAAACUCACCACGAACAAAGAGUACACCUUCCGAGUAACAGCUGCAAAUGAAGCUGGACCAGGUGAAACAUCACCAACUUCUCCAUACAUAAAGAUAUCGAAACCAUCAGCUGCAGAACCACCUGCUAUCCUAGAACCUCUGAACAGCGUCGUCAUUGGCCUUGGAGAAACCGUCACCCUAUCUUGCGUUAUUGGAGGAUCUCCGACACCUGAAAUUACCUGGUUGAAGAAUGGCGAGACCUUCGAAGACAGCACCAUCACGUACGAAAAUCGCUUAGCUAAGUACACUAUCACGAAGGCAACGGAAACGUCAUCAGCAACGUUCACGGUAAAAGCGAAGAACAACGUAGGAACAGCGGAAACAACGUGCGAACUGAAAGUGCAAGAGGCACCUAAGAUCAUUUAUGAUGAGACUCUGACUAGCCAGAAUCUUCCAGUGAACACUCAAUGGAAGAUCGAGAUUCAGAUGAGCGGCUUCCCGAAACCAGAAGUGACAUGGACGAAGAGUAACAAGAAGAUCGUCGACAAACGUGUAUCCAUUCAGACAGAAGAAAAGACCUCUAUUAUUUCUAUUUCUUCUCUUGUCAGAGAAGACACAGCCACGUAUACAGCGAAGGCAGUGAAUGAAGCUGGCAGUUCCUCGGUUGACUUGAAUCUUAGAGUCAUAGAUAAACCUGGCAAACCACAAGGACCGGUGAUUUUCAAGGAAAUCAGGCAGGAUCGCGUCACUAUCGAAUGGCGACCACCAGAAGACGAUGGUGGAAUCGAGUUAGAGAAGUAUACCAUCGAGAAAUACGAACCGGGCAAGACAUGGAUGAAAGUGGUUGACAUUGACAAAGAGGUGGAAAGCUUCUGUGUGCACAAACUGCAACAGAAUGCUGAAUACAAGUUCAGAAUCAUCGCCAGAAACGCAGUCGGAGCGUCAGAGCCACUGGAGUCUGAGACGGUCAAGAUGAGAACUUCCUUCGAACCACCUGGACCACCAAGAGGACCACUAGAAGUAUCGGGAAUGACGAAGACAUCCUUCACGAUAAAAUGGCAGCCUCCAGAGAACGAUGGUGGAACACCAAUAACAGAAUUUAUCAUCGAGAUGAAAGAAGAAUCGAAAAAGGCUUGGCAGAAGAUCGGCAGCACAAAGCAAGAAAUCACACACUUCAUUGUAUCUAACUUAAAGACGGAUGUACCAUACAACUUCAGAAUAACAGCAAAGAACAGUGUUGGCACUGGUCCUCCAUACGUAGCUGAAGAACCAAUUGCAGCAGGCAAACGAAUCAAAAUAACAAAACUUACCGAGAGCACCAUGUACGCACUGCUGGGCAUAUUUCCUCCAACGAAAGUAAUCAUCAGCAAAACACCACCAUCGAGUCCACAACACGUACAAGUAACAAACGUCACCAGCAGGAGUGUGACUCUCAGCUGGUCUCCACCAGCCAGCAAUGGAGGCACAGAGCUCACAGGAUACAUAAUCGAAAAGAGGCCACUAAUUGGAAAAGGAGCAAGGUGGACGAAAGUUGUCACUCUAGACGCUACCACUCUUCAAUAUUGCAUAGAGAACUUGAAAGAGAGCGAAUUCAUCUUCAGAAUAUUUGCAGAGAACAACAUGGGACUAAGUUUACCUACGAACUCAGAGCCGGUUACCCUCAUGACACAUGCCAACGUACCAUCACCACCAACAGCACCACUGGAAAUCAGGCAGAUCGCAGCGAACACCGUUGUUAUUUCUUGGGGCAGACCAGAAUCCGAUGGUGGUGCACCACUGGAAGGUUAUAAAAUUGCAAUCAGGGAUGCGAAGAAAACCAUGUGGAUGGAAGUAGGCAGAGUAAACGCCGAUGUUCAGAAAUUGAACAUCAGAGAUCUGCAGGAGAACCACAUGUACCUGAUCAGGAUCUUCGCCAAGAACGAAGUCGGCCUUAGCGAUCCUUUAGAGUCUGAUGAACCGGUUAAAAUUAUACCAGCUACCGAAUUAGCCGUAGUGGAGCCAAUCGCGGAAGCCACCGAGAAGGGCGAAACCGCAUCGGUGAGUUUCAGCACAGAAAAUACGAGUUCUUGGCUACGCGAGCACAAUAUGGACGCCGACAUCCAUUCGUACGCAAGAGCAAGGCUGCUCAGACAAGAUGAGUACUUCUUCCGCAUUUGGCAUUACGCUAAGAAACUCUUCGAAUAAGCAUUUUUACGAUUUAAUGGCGGAAAAAGCGAUGGACAAAUUUACAUUCGUUUUUAUCGAGGACCAGAAGAAUUUAAUGCGUUAGUAAGACAAAGAAACAAAAGAGACAAUAAGGAACAGCUUUAAUACUAAUUUCAUACGUUAUCAAGAUUUGAUUCUUUUCCUUUCUUUAGCUAUCUUUAACCAAAUUUCAAUCGUAUUUGUAUAAUAUUUCAAACGGUUUAGUUAAUUAUCUUUCUCUUCCACGAAUUUUUUAUUACACAGUUAGAAGACAAUUUCUGAUCAUUUCGAUGUUUGAUCUCUCACGCGAAUACUGUCAUACAUAAAACAAUGAAAGAUUAAUGACACUAUCGAAUCGUUCCUCUCUUCGAAGCACACGUAUAGGGACUAGAUUUAAUCUAAGGAUCGAUACUGGAUGGGUGUAGAAUCUAGUCAAUGUAGUGUAAUAUAUUUCUCUUUUUUUCUCUUUUUUUUUCGAUUUUCAUCUUUUAACGGACCAAGACUUCCUCACGCAUACUUGAAAUCGAAACAAGCGGAAGAGAUAUUUUUCUGUUCUUCCGGUUCACGAAAUAAUUACCACGCUUUGGUGAUCGUGUCACUGAAAAUUCGUGAAAGAAAUAAAAUAAGAAACUUUGGGGAGAAGCCAAGAAACUUUAUCGAUAAUCUUUAUGGUACACUUUUAUCUUAAAGCAUUUCAAAUUAAAUUAUAAAUGACGUUAACUAUUACCAAUGGCGUAAAGAUUCUGUAUAACGUUUCUUCGUUUCUCGAUUACCUUAAAUUGAUAUUAUAAAACAACUCGAUUAUCGCAAAGGAUCGAAUUUCGAACGAAUUUUCAGUUACUCGAAUAGGCAUUAUUUAAGUACAUACAUUGUAUUUUAUGAAUGAAACAUCCUGAAUUCCUCGAGAAAUUCCUUUCGAUAAAGGAGAGCGCUAUUGUCAACAGAUCUGACAAGAAAAUUGUAAAACCCCCGAGACUCGAAUCGUCGAAGAAUGUGAUAAACGAUCGGGAUCGAUCGAGUACCUUGUGUAAAGAUGCGAUUU